AUGGUGCUCUCCGUCGAAGAAUCGAAGCAAAUCGCAAUUAAUUUUGCGUUGCUAGAAGAUAAUGUUAAAGCGGUCCUUCCACACCGCGACGAGAUGAUUGAUAUUUUCAAAACAUACGAAAUCGACGCUUAUUCAGUAUGGUUUGAGACACAACACAAGCUCGAACUGCGGAACAUUGGAAAAAUUAUUGCCGACGCAAGUGGGGAAGACAUUUAAUUGCCGGUUGUCGAUGACGUCAUUGCACCGUCCAUCUACCCAAGGGCUUACUUGAAUGACACGUGCAAACGACUUUUUGAAAUCAGCACAGCUGUUGAAUUUCUGACUCCUUACCUCAAAGACGUUAAGAAGAUACUCGAAGCUUCCGAGUUUGAUAAAAAGAUUGCAAAAAAGGUUUUGAAUACAAUUAAGAAAUUCGACGUGGUCGGCUUGAUGGAAAACGUCAAAAGGGUAUUACGUUUCAUGGAUGAAAACGUGUGCUGGUUCGACAAAACGUACAAGUCGUGGCAAACAAUUCGAAAAGAAAAUGAAGAGUUGAUAAAAUCUGGAAUUGAACCAAUUGCGACUGCGGAACGAUACUGUAUACAGGAAAGAGAAGUGCCAGAAGUCUCAUUUACAGGCCGUGUACUUCCAAAGUGUAUUGCAGACCCAAAGAAAUAUAGUUUUACCUUUUAUUGCAAUCAAUGUUCGUACUGCAACACCAACAUCGAUUUUUUGAAUGUUCACUUCUACUACGAACAUGCCAAAAGAGAGCAACUGAGCAAUUUGGAAUUAGAAUCUUCCCAACGAGAACGUCUUGUCGCGCUGGCUAAUGAUCUUACAGGCCUAUGUGACAACUUCAAAUAUACCAAACCGUUCCACAAAGAUCUGGAACACUGCGAUACUUGGAGUUUUUGGUCUCUAGAAGGGCUUUACAAUUACGACAUGGAAUCUCUUGCAAGAAUGGCGCGCGAAAAUGCUGGAAUCGAGAUAGGAGCAAUGCCUCCUCCGAGUAAAAUUAAAAUCGCCGAGUGUCUCUAUUUGAUCAAAUACAACAUUCUAGAGAUAACAUAUUGCUCCCUCGAGUUCCAUAAACUAAUUCAAUCUUCUGAUUAUCACAAAAAAUUGUCUAGAAAGAUUUUCGAUAUAAUCGAUGAUAUAUGUUAUUUUAACUUUUACACCGGAUUAUCAAUGCGUUUCUUAAAAUCAAAUGGAAUUUGCAUUGAGCGAUUCAGAGUGGAGAAUGGGUGUGCCAUUGAUCGAGAAGGUUCGGAGAAAGUGGAAAUGAAUGGAUGCAACCGAAUCGUCUGUACUAUGUGCCCCUUCUCAUACCACAAUGUUACCGACUUCAAUCUUCACUUCUUUUUCGAGCAUUACCCGUGGCAGCUCUAUGAAGAAACCUUUCAAUUCGAGAAAUCUAGGGGAGCUUGCUUGGAAAGAUUCAAAGUGGAGAAUGGGUGUAUUACUGAUCAAAAAGGCUUGGAACAAGUGACAAUUGAUGGCGGUCAAAUUUCAUGUUCUCAGUGCGACUUGAAAUUCUGGGAAAUUCUGAAGUUCAACCUUCAUUUUUAUGAUAACCAUAGCGAAUGGGAGAUCGUCGAAAAACCAAUUCCAAUCGAAAAUCUCGCAAUUGUGGACAAUGUAGAUGAGUCGUCGUUUGCAAUUAUUUAA